AUGGAGACCUACACCUUACCUUCCUUCCCAUCGGGAUAUUCGACAAUCCACCUAUGUUACUUCCAAAACGUCAGAAACUCACCCGAGAUCAAACAACGAUUGGUCGUAGCAGCCACUACGAAAGGUGAGCAAGGUGAGAAACUAAGGAGUGAAGUGGAUUUCGGUUUCUUGGAGGGUGAUGUGUUGGUAUCAAAAGAUCAUCUCUUGACUUCCAUCCUCACUACCCUCUUAUAUUCCUUCCCUUCGACUUCAGCCUCAUCCUCCAACGCAAUACCAUCCAUAGAACCUCUAUCAAUCUCACACGCAAACACACCUAACAAACCAAAAACACGUACUCAUAAUUUACAUUCCGAAAUAUUAUUGACUCUAUCUCCAAAUAAUAAUAUAACCGAUUCGAUACGACGUCAUGGGAUAUCCGACAGCACGACAAACCUCGUCGUGGUGAAAUUUACGAAUGCUCAGCAGAGCCAGGAGAGUGUAUAUGAGAGUCUAAAGAGGGUUGUAGAUGGGGAGCUGGUAGGGUUGGAUGGUAUUGAGGAAAAUACAGAUUGGACGAGGGUCGAUAAGAUAUACAAAUUAUCAGAAUUGAAUGCUCUCAAAUCAUCGCACACUCCAGAAGAUAUAUUCAACAAGAAGAAAUCAGCUGUGAUCAGUGCAGUGGGUAUCAAGAAUGUCAUAUAG